AUGGAAUGGAGCUGUAUAAGCUGGGGUCAGGGGGUCAGCAGGCGCGGGGAAACUGACUGGUUCAGCCACUUCUCCAAGUGGAUGAUCGAGGCCUUCCCCCGAGCCAACAUCACCGCACGUAACGGCUGCGUGCCAGGAGUGCCUAGUGCAUACAUGAUUCUGUGUCUGGAGCAGUCCGUGGACCACAAGGACGUCGAGCUGGUGUUCAUAGAGUUCACCCUCAAUGAUGGGUACAUUGCCUCCGUUGAGAACGAUCGAGUUCGGGACAUGGAGCGACUUGUACGGCGGCUCUUAGCACUGCCGCGGCGGCCUGCGGUGGUUCUCAUGCACUCGCCGACACACGGCAUGGCGUCAUACCCGCCAGGCCACCCGCGGCACCCGGGGGAUAUAUACAAACGCUUCUAUGAAACCCUAGAAGACGUGGAUGGCGCCAUCGCGCAGUACUACGAUGUGCAGAUGCUGUCUGUGCGUACGGCACUGUAUCGCCUUGCCGCAUUUAAGGAGACUGAUGGCUUUAGGUGGGAUCAGACAUUUUUUGUGCGGGGUGGUGGUUUGGGUGCCCCGGGGAUGUGGGUCACGAGGGCGAGGGCGAGGACCGCCAUUGGGUUGCUGUUACGGCCGUUUGGUCGAGAGGACGAGGAGGCGGUUCUGGAGCCCCUUCCGGAGCCGAUGUACCCCGCUUUAAAUUAUUAUUUAAACUUGUCGCGAUCCAAAACAGGCAACAAGGUCCCCGAGGUGCCCAUGUGCAUCAUGUACGAGGAUUUCAAAUGUGUUUCGGGCUGCCGGUGCGACCCGCACAGGGAGGACGCCCACAUCUCCCGGCCGGUCUCCCAGCUGUACGUGUUUCGUCUGGAUGUCAGUCAGUCAGAACACUGCGACGUGGAGGUGGAGUUACUCCCGGAGACCAGCAGCGGGGAGCACAAGUUCAAGAUUGCCGGAGUGGUUGUAGCCGAGGGCGAGGACAAGAAUUACCUGGCCAAUUUGUACGGCAGUGAGGGAUCUGGAGAAUUCGGGAUGAAUGAGCACAAUGGAAAUACGAAACAGGCACAUAUGGUCCAAAGUUGA